CUUCUCGUCUCUUCAUCUCAUCCAUCAAUCCUCCAUCUCUCACUCCUAAUCAUGGGCGCCCUCAAGCCAGUACUGCUGCUGCUGCUAUUCGCAUUGGCGGUCGCCGUCGCUGCUGCUACCAAGGAAAAGGACCCAGAGCUGGAGCAGUGCAAGCACCAGUGCAGAGUCCAGCAGCAGUUCGACAAGAAGCGUGCCGACGCCUGCAUCCAACGCUGCAGAGACUACUACCGCCAGAAGCAAGGCGGCGGCGGUGAUGACGACGACGACGAGGAUGAUCUUAUCAUCUCGCUGCCCUCAGAGCGGGAAUCUGAAUCCCAAUGGGGGUCAGGGAAGGAGGCCAGCAACAACCCUUACGUCUUCGAGCACAGGCACUUCUUCACUGGGAUUAAAACCCAGCAGGGGCGCCUCCAGAUCCUCCCCAAAUUCACCGACCGAUCCCCCUUCCUGCGAGGCAUCGAGAACUUCCGCUUCUCCUUCCUGGAGGUGGAGCCGCAGAGCUUCAUCAUCCCGGACCACUGGGACGCCCACAACGUGGCCUUUGUGGUGCGCGGCCGGGCUACCAUCAAACUCGUGCGCCCUGAGCCCCAGGGCAGGGAGAGCUUCAACGUCCAGCAGGGAGACAUCUUCAGGAUAAGGGCCGGGACCACCGCCUACAUGAUCAACCGGGACGACAACCAGAAGCUCCUCAUCGCCAAGAUUCUUCAGCCCGUCUCCGUCCCAGGCCACUUUGAGGCCUUCUUCGCCGCUGGUGGUGAAAAUCCCGAGUCCUUUUUCCGAUCAUUCAGCCAAGACAUCCUCCAAGCUGCUUUCAACACGAGGAAGGAGACAUUGACGCGGGUAUUCGGGGAGCAGAAGCAGGGAAUGAUUCUGAAGGCGUCGCGGGAGCAAAUCAGGGCCAUGAGCAGCGACGAGGAGGAGAGCGGCGACUCCAACAACUCCUUCAACAUUUUCCGACAACGCCCCACUACUUCCAACCAGUACGGACAGCUCUACGAGGUCGACUCCAGGGACUUCAAGCAGCUCCAGGACCUCGACGUCGCCGUUUCUGUGGCCAACGUCACAAAGGGUGCAAUGACGGCCCCGGUCUACAACAGCGAGAGCACCAAAAUCUCCUUCGUAAUGGACGGCGAGGGGUACCUGGAGGUGGCGUCCCCGCAGUCGUCGGUGAUGAGCGAGCAGGAGCAGCAGCAGCAGCGGGCUCAGGAGCGGGAGCGCCGCCGCCGCGGGAUCGUCGCACCCCCGAGCUACCGGAGGGUCGCCUCCGGCUUGAGCCCCGGCAUGGUCUUCGUGGUUCCGCCGGGCUUCCCUUACGUGACAGUGGCCUCUCAGAAGUCGAACCUGCAGCUGCUGUGCUUCGAAGUGAAUGCCGCGCAGAGCCAGAGGUUCCUUCUUGCGGGGAAGAAGAACGUUCUGAUCAACCUGGAGAAGGAGGCCAAGGAGCUGGCCUUCGGCAUCCCUGCAAGAGAGGUCGAUGAGUUCCUCAAGAGCCAGCAGGAGGAGUUCUUCCUUAGAGGACCACAGGAACGACGGUCUGCUUAGAUCCCGACACACACCCUUCCCCGCUGUUGCCGCCGCCGCGCCGCCGCCGCCCGGAAUUUUGUUUGUAUUGUUAAUAUUCUCCACCAGGGGAUAUGAACAUCGACGGUGCCAAUAAUAAUUUGUAGCAACAGCGGCAAGAAUAAUAAUGAAAAUAAUGACAGAUCACAAUAAUUUGUCAUUUUGUUUUAAUAAAUAAUCACGUUCCAUUU